AUGACGUCUUCUUCAACCAAUAGCUCCCGUCGUCCGGCGCCCCUGACGCUCGGCGUGGCUGUCCUCGUUGCAGCGCUCGUGCUGCUGAGCGUGUGCGGCGUGCCGGCCCAGGCGGCCACAGUGACCGACUUGAAGAAUGCCGUUAAUGUUAUGCUGCAGGACAUCGACGUGGGCAUGACGGACUUCUACCGCACCCUCAGCGCCCCCCCGGCUGUGCAGCAGCAGUACUGCACGGCGGCCAUCUCGAGCGUGGUGGAAGGCUUGAGUCUCACCAUGGAGUCGCUCUCCUCGCCCUACGGGGUACUUGCCACGGAGCACGGCUUCCUCGUCUACAAGGAUUCGUUUGUCUUUGGUCCAUCCGUUAGCCUCAUUGGUGCCUCAGCCUGGCCAAACGGGACGCUGACAACGGAGGUUCAGCACGGCAAGAACAUCCUCCUACCCUUCCUGUCCAACACCAUCGUCUUUGUCACCGGCGUCGUCACGAACGACAAGGGCAUGAAGAACAUCCUCCCCAUGGCGCGCUUUAUGAUUGUCGACGCGUAUCGCUGCACCUACCUGCACAUGGACGUCUCUGAGCUCUAUCGUAACACUUUCCGCACUGUCUUUGCAGAGCUGGCGUAG